CUCAGUGCAGCCGAAGUCAGCAGCUGGAAUAUCACUCGAGUGGAGACACUUGGCGCAUUAGUGCAUCAGCCACUGGAAAACACAAUGGUUAGAUCCAUUAUUGCAAGAUUUCUCCAGUUAGACGGUAAUCUAAAUGCAGUAUCUGUGAAAGGCAUUGGUGGAGCCAACUUGUGCUUUUUGGACCAAGAACAACUGAAGACCAUUUCAAACUUGACGGAUGCUGGAGCAUUGGAUCUCUCUACAUGUUCACAGCAAAAGAAACGUGUACUUUAUGACUUGGCCUUCACCACUCUGAGACCCCAAAGACGUGACCCAAUACCCUUCUUUCAGCUGAUGAAGCCAUAUGUUGGUGGUGCCCGAGCUGAUGAUCUGAGGUUCCUGGCAAAUAACAGCGUUAACAUGGACUUCGCCACCUUCCGAGGGUUGGAUCCUGAGGAAGUCAAGAAACUGAGUGCUGAUACUCUGAUCAAUUUACUUGGAGUUUACCUUCCAACUCUGCAAAGCGGAGUGAACGAAACAGUGGUGAUGGUUUGGGUGGCUUCACACCCCGAAUCUGAAGUGAGGAAACUUGGGCUGGCAGGAAGUAUUCCAGGUAACACAUCAGAAACUACCGUGUGUGCAGCAAUAUACAGUUCGGCUUUGAAUACGUUCCUGCUUGAUGUUAACGUGACCCAACUUUGCAACUUCAGCAUUACAGACUAUGCAUGCGCUGAGGCUGAUCUACUUGUCUCCAGUUUAAGCAGUGACGAUUUAGCUGGUGUCAUUUAUUGUUUCGUUGGUCCAAAACCAUUGAAGAGAUCAGAUGAAUCUGCACUGACCAUUUUUAUUCGGAAACUUAACAGAACCUUGCUGACUGAGGCACUGGACAAUUUCAACAACAAGACUUUGAACACGUCUUCAAUUCCCCUGAUGACAAAGAUCACGUUUAUGAAUGCCCUGUGGGAGACUGUGAAGACCUUUGACAACUUAACGAGCGUAUCUUUCCUGAGGGAAUGGUUCCAGAAUCGCUUCCAGCUGUUCAUAGCCGGAAUUUCCCAGCUCGUGCUAAACCCUUUGCUGACAAGAAACAUUAGCUGUGAAGGUUACCAAGCAGUUGUAAAAGGCCUGAGUAAUGGAUUCCGGGAGAUGCCGCGAGAGACAAGAAAGACCGUAUUAAACGUGUGGAUCCUUAAUUACCUUGACACCACAGGUGCUGGCUGUAUCAGCAACACUAAUGGAUCCAGAGAUUGGCUUUUGAAGAACUGGGGAAUGUUCAGUACUCUUGUUCAAUUAGAAAUUUUAACCAGUAGGAACCCAAGCUUCAACCCACUCGAUGUGGCAGAAUUACUGACGCCAUCCCAACUGGGAGAGUUCGCUGGUGGGAACGGAACAUUGCGUAAUGCUGACGAUGUUCGGAAGAUUAUCAACAGCAUCACCACUGAUACUGUUCUCCAGUUCGUCGAGGCAUUCAGGACCACUCACAACCAGAAUAACGUGGUUUUCGCUCCUGGUGUCAGAACAACAUUGCUGCAAGAAAUUCUGAACCGUACGCAGGCAAUUCUUUCAAACGCCAACGUCGCUGAACUUCAGGUCUGGUUUAACACAAGGCUGCAAGGAUUACUGCCAGGGCUCUCGGAAAACAUGCUGCCCUUGAUCUUUGUCACCGAGGAUUGUAAAGGAUUUCAAGCCAUAGUCUCAGCAUUGACCAGAGUCAAAGAGCAACUGGAUAUUAGCGUUCAAGUAGCCGUUUUUAAAUCAAUCUUGGCUUACACUAAAGAAACCCCUCUUCGCUGCUAUGAAAAUGAUAGUUUUACCGUUUACCUGAGCAGCCAGUUUCAGAAUUUCUCCGACUUUCUAACACUGUCUGAUGCCUUAUCGUUGGUUCCAUCAAUCCGCAUUGCUGAGGUGUUACAAGCCACAGACCCCAACGAUCUGGCAGAUUUGUUGAGCAGGCCAGGGAUCAUUGAUGACAGCAACUUACUGACCACGGUGUUAAUGAAUUACCAGCCCAUCCAGAACCUGGCAGCAUUUGUAGAUCGGUUCAACCAAAAAACACUCAAUGGUAAUCUGACAGAUGUUAACCAAGCUGCCAUCAUAAUAGGUCUUUGGCCUCAAUAUGUUAACAACUUACCUGCUCUCAAUGUGACAGAACAGGAUGAAUGGCUGAACUCAAGGCUAAAUCCAUACCUGCCCUCCAUCACCAUUGAUCUCCUGACUUCCAACGAAACCCUGGGAAUCCCAUGUCUUCCAUUCAGGAAAAUUGUGAAAACUUUGAGUGGUCGUUACCUUGACUUUACCCCUGACAAACGAAUAGAAAUCUACAGUGGCAUCAGAACCUAUCUACAGCAAGAUCCUAAACCAAGAUGCUACAAUGUCACUAAUCCAGUCCUGAACUCCACUGCCUGGUUUGCUGAAUACUUGGGACUUUUUAUGAAUCGCGUGUCAGUAGCCGAUCUUCUGUCUUUUGCCAACGAAUCAAUUCUUCAAGACUUUGCAACAGACCCUGAAAACCAGGCACUUCUAAAUCGAGUGACACUUCCCAUUGGUCUCUCAAAGUUCUACAUUAAUUUACUGGAGACCCGAGAUCCAACUCUUAAUAUUUCAGGGAUUCCAGAUUCCCUUAUUUGCUUCAUUGGUGAUGGAAAUGUCAUUCAAGGUGUGUCUGAGGAACAAGCCUUGACUAUUCUUGAAAAGGUUAACCAAAUCUGUCAGAACAAUGUGUCAUCGGAUGCAGCAGAUGAUGAACUGAGCAAGCUGUCACGUUCGUUGCUGACGAAGGUUUCCAAUUUUUCUGCCAGUACUCUGAUAAAAUUGGGACCAGCUGCUGUCGGACUCUCUAGGACACAGAUUAUAGCUACGGCCGCCACCAACAUUGUGCAAGCCUUGGCCAGUCUGAGUACUGUCAGAGGGUGGCAACUUGACCAAUCCAAGCAAAUUGUAGCCAAGUUAUCCACUCUGGGUUACCAGUUCAAUAACACAAACAACUUGGCCAGGAUUGGAACCUUGAUAGAUGGUAUUCCAAUCAGUGUAUUAGAGAAUAUUGAACCCACUGUACUUGCCAAUGUCACCACCAACCUUGAAUUUGUCAGAAGUAUUCAAGGUGCAUCAUCAGCUGCUCAGCAGAUAAUCACCCAGAAGGUUUUGCAAACAGAAAGUGACCCCGUACAAGCUGUGAAGAAGAUUCCGAGUGAAUUAGUUAAAAAUAUCCCUUCCACGCUGCUCUCCUCUGAUCUGCAGUUUAAUGACGUCAAUAAUAAAUCGUGGGUACCCGAUCAGGCUGCUGUGUUCUUUGAAAAUAUUAUCUCUAAAAACAACAGAUUUGAAACCUUCUCGCCCUCUGUCCUGCAAGGCUUCAGUUGUGGUGCAGCAGUGACCCUGAACGACACCUUGUUUCUCCAGCUCGUUGAAGCCAUGAAGAACAAAAGGGCCGUGCUUGACGAAAGUCAGCUGAGCUGUAUGUCUUAUAGACUGACAUCCAAUGGCACACCAUCAAACACAGACAGUUACCCUGACGAUCUUCUGUUGUAUUUCAAUUCUGCAGACUUCAGAACACCUCGAAGCUGUAAGAGAUACUUUAGAAGAGUUGGGAGGUCAAAUAUAGAUCUCUUACGAAAAGGAUCAUCUCGGCGACAAAAGCUAUUGAAAAAUGCCUUUUCGUGCCUGGGCUCUGCUGGUAGAAGGCUGACAAGAGACGAUGUGGCAGUUUUAGGCCGCUUGUCCUGUGACCUUCCAGGGACCAACAUCUCUAACUGCGACAUUACUAUCUUGGAUUCAUUGAAGGAAUGCACCUCCUACUCAGACGAUCAAAUGAUUGCAAUUGAAUUCCUGCUCAAUACUGGAACCAGCAGAUAUGGUUCACCAAGUUCAUGGUCCUCCAACACAGUGGAGAAAGAUCUCGGAAAUCUUCCUUUGGCUUUAACUACAACCUGGAAACAAGUGAAUCGGUUUUCUUUCAAAGCAGGCCUCCCAAGGUUCAUCAGGAAAGUAAAAAAGGUUAAAAGAGCAAAAGAGGUCGUUAGGUUUCUGGGCCGUCUCAGAAAAAACAGAAGAUCCAAGCGGGCAACAGGCUGUACUGUUGGAGAGUUGAAUGCCGGUGUCAUUAAUGAGUUAACCCCAGUGAGUUAUGAUGCUGCCCAGCUGGAAGCCUGUUUGAAUAAUACAGUGUUUAUGGAUAUCGUGGCGGUACUGGGAACUCUGGAUUUUGACACUGAUCAUCUUGAAGUUCUGAAAAAGAAACUCAGCGAGAUUUACCCCAGCGGUAUACCUGAAAACCAGAUUCAGCUGCUGGGAAACAUCUCCACUGUAUUCAAUGUGACCGAGAUAAGCAGCUGGAAUAUCACCCAAGUUGAAACACUUGCUGCAUUAAUGGCCCAAGAACUGGAAAACACAAUGGUUGAAGCCAUCAUUACAAAAUAUCUCCAGAGUGGUAAAACUCUAGACGCGAUUUCAUUGAAAGCUAUUGGUGGACCAAACCUGUGCAUCCUGAACGAGAGCCGACUCAUGACCAUUACAGAACUGAUGGAUGCUGGUACACUGGAUAUCUCUACAUGCACUCAGUCAAAGAAGAACCUGCUUUACAAACUAUCAGUGAAUGAAUUAGCAUCUCAGUCAAACAACACCAAUGCGUACUUCAAUCUAAUAAAGCCAUUCCUUGGUGGUGCCAGUGCAAGCGAUCUGAUUGAACUUGCAAAUAAUAGUGUCAACAUGGACUUUGCAACAUUUGUAAAACUGAACCCUGAAGAGGUGAUGAAACUUACUGUUAAUGAGUUGCGAGGCUUGCUUGGGAUUAACAUUCGUGGUCUUGAAACUGGAGCUAGCGAAACGGUGGUGUUAGCUUGGGUGAACUCACACUUCGUGUCUGAAGUAAUGAGUGUUGGGUUGAUGGGAGGAAUACCAGAUCCUUUACCAGAACCCGAACUUAACUUGAUGUGUGGAAACAUUAUACACAAUGAAACCGCUUUCUGUGCAACUAUAAACAGUUCUGCUGUGGAUGAUUUCUUGAUGUCUGUUAAUGAGACACAGCUCUGCAGUUUCAACGUUACAGACUACGCCUGUGCUCAGAGUAAUAAACUUAUGGGAAAUCUAAACAGUGACCAUCUGACGACUUUAUUCAAUUGCUACACCUCAACGAGGGCUCUCUCCAGGCAAGAUGAAACAGCACUGGGCAUAUUUGUUCAGAAGCUUAACAAAACCAUCCUUAACGAGGCACUGGAUAAAUUUAACAACAAGACUCAGAACACGGCAAUGAUUCCUCUGGGGUCGAAGAUCACGUUUGUGAAUGCUCUGUGGGAGGUGGUGAGGACCAGUGAAAACUUAAACAGUUCUGACGUCCUGACGAAGUGGUUCCAGCAGCGUUUCAGACCGUUCAAUGCCGCCAUCUCCUCACAAGUGUUGAACUGCCUUUUGAUACAGAAUAUAACUUGCCAAGGAUACCAAGCAGUCUUACAAGGACUCAACGAUGCCUAUGGAGAAAUGCGGCAGAUAACAAGAACGACAGUAGUAAAAAUAUGGAUUCUUGGCUACCUCAACAUCACAGGUGCAGGAUGUAUCAGCAACACAAAUGGAUCAAGAGAUUGGCUCAUGAAAAAUUGGGGAAUGUUCAAAGACCUUGUCAACAUAGAGGAUUUCGUCAGCCUGAAUUCCAAUUUCAAUGCAUUUGAUGUUCUGGACAUUCUCAAUCCAAGACAUCUGUCCCAGCUAACUGUCGGCUCUUUGAACAACCUUAACAACAUCAAUGAAAUCCUCAAUGCAGUUGUUAGCAGAAACUUCACGGGACUGAACGAAUACAUGAACUACUUUGUCAGCAACACACAAGUGAUGGAUAUUCAAGUUAUUCAGAACACCACAGUGAGGGACGUGAUGCUCAAUAGGAUCAUGCAACAGUUAGAAUCCCAGUUUCCAGCAUUUAAUGCCAUGGACUAUGCCGACUGGUUCCAGACUAAAUUAACACUUCUGCUGCCCAGUAUUGGAUCUCAAACUCUUGCCCUCAUACCCUCUAACAGAGCCUGUGAAUCGAACCAAGCCAUAAUCAAAGGACUGGACAACAUUUAUCCAAGUUUAUCACCUGCUCAGAUUAGCACCAUCUACACGUUUACAACAAAUUAUCUCUCCCAACAACUUAUUUCAACAGGUGCUGCAUGCACUGGAAAAGCUUCGGAGAGCCGAGACUGGAUAUUAAAGAACUUCGGCAAAUUCCGAUCACAGUCUCAAUACAGUGAACUAAUAUCCCUGAACAGCAACUUUAGGGGGGUCGAUGUUGUAGAUUUGCUCACGAUCAGACAGCUCGCACAAUUAUCUGCCAGCAAUGGAAUUCUCAGCAGUCCGGUUAAUGUACGGAAGAUCAUGAACCGUACCUCAGCUGACAACAUUACUGAGUUUAUGGACAUCUUCAGUCGUGAUGCUAAGCAGAACAAAAUAUCGUUGGCUCCAGAGGUGGGAACUGUGUUAUUGAGUGAAGUUCUAACCCGCGCUGAACCAGUCAUUUCCACUUCUAAUGAAAAUGAGCUUCAGGUCUGGCUUGAUACCAGACUCCAACUCCUGAUUCCACAACUGAAUGGAAAUUUGACCGAUAUACUUUUAACUAACAGCAACUGCAGUAAAGCUCAGAUCAUAAUACGAACUCUGAAUGCACGGAUUUCCGAAUUUCCAAGGAAGAUUCAGCAGCAACUGUAUAGGAGCAUUAGAGAUUAUCUCCAAACAGGCCCCAAAACAAGAUGUUAUAAUGCAAGAAACCCGGCUUUGAACUCAACUGCCUGGUUUGCCAAUUACAUUGGGAAAUUUCUGGUUUACACAAGCAUAGAUGACUUGGCCUUGCUGACUGAUGAUGCAACAUUGAAGCUAUUUACAGCCGACCAGAGCAAUCUGAAUCUUCUGAUGAAUCUUAAUCUUCCAAAAGAUAUCCAAAGCUUUUAUGCCAGUGCACUGUUCACAAAUGGAGCCAUUAAUGUCACAGGCAUUCCUGACAGCUUGGUCUGUUUUAUUGUUGGCACCCCGUCAGUUGAAUCUUUAAACGCUCAGCAGGCUUUAGUUUUGCUCGAAAAGGCAAACCGUGCCUGCCUGAAUCCCAGUGCAAAUGGAACUGCACCCACUGACAUUCAGAUACAGCUUGCAGAUGCCCUUGCAAGUAAAAUUGAUGUCUUAUCAUCGGAUAAUCUUGUUACACUGGGCCAGUCGGCUGUUGGACUCUCAAUAACACAGAUCGGUACCAUCAAUGAUACUGAUGUACUGAAAUCCCUGGGAACCUUGGGCAAGGUGCAAGGGUGGACUCCUGGAGCAGCCAAUGCAUUGGUCGCAAAGUUAAUGAGUGCAAACUUCCAGUUUAACAAUGCCGCCAACCUAUUGUCAAUGGGAUCCUUGGUAUCUGGUCUUUCAAGUGGCAUGUUGAAGAAUAUCAAUAACAGUGUGAUCGUCGAUGCUGUUAAUGACAGCACAUUUGUUGACAACAUAUUGCUUGCUUUUGCACCUUCACAACAAAUCAUUGUCCAAAAGAUUGCUCAGACUUCGAGUGACCCCAGUAUACUUUUACAAAGGGUUCCAGCCAAGCUUGCUACUGAAAUCGCUUUGCCUCGACUGAGUUCUCGAAAUAUCAAUCUUAAUCUGGUGAACGGAAAGCAAUGGAACCACUUCCAAGCUGCGGUGUUUUUUAGGACUUUGAUACGAAAUUCUACCUUAAAUUUUGAUGAUGCAUCUCCCUCUGUUCUGCAAGGAUUUAGUUGUGCAGCAGGACACAAUUUGAACAUUAAACAAUUAAGAAAGUUUGUUAAAGCCACAAGGGGUAAAGCUUCACUGAACAGUGAUCAGCUGAUUUGCAUGUCUAGAAGACUGAAUGCCAGUGGCACCCCAUCAAACAUUUCUGACCUACCUACAGAUCUCUUGAUAUUCUACACACCUGAAGCAUUCCCAUCUGAAAACUGUACAAGCUUCUUCCGUGCUGUUGGGCAUGCCAACAUUAACGUUGUAUCACAAGGAUCUCAAGUCAGAAAGGAUCUGUUGCAAAAUGCUAAACUCUGCUUGAAUAUUUCCAAUCAAGGCCUGUCAAGAGAUCAGGUGCUAAUACUAAAUAAUCUAGUCUGUGACUACGAUGGAGACAUAACAAAGGCAGAUAUUUCUAUACUGGAGGCUUUGAAAAACUGUAACGAAUACACACCUACUCAGAAAUAUGCAAUUAAUGUCCAGCUUAACCGUGUUACACGAUAUGGUGACCCCUCCACAUGGAAUACAUCCACACUCGAAAAUCUGGAAACACUUGUGUUUGCUGUGAAUGGAACUACAUGGAGUAAAGUCAACAGGGAUGUUAUUUUAGAAGGUCUGAGACCAUACGUGGGGAGAAGUUCAAUGUUCAAAAUUAAUAGACGAAGAGGUUUGCUCCAAAGACUGUUCUCAUCAUCUCGAAGAUCAAGAGCUGCAACUGGAUGUACGAUUGGUGAAAUCACAGCAUCAAUGACAUUUGACGUAAUGCUUCCUGCACUAUACGGAGCUACAGAACUAGAGAAUUGUCUGAAUAAUACUAUUCUGAAGGAUUACCUGUUUCAACUGGGGAAACACGCAUUCGAUGAAGUGCAACUUAGAGUUUUAAAGAAAAAAUUGAAUCAGAUUUACCCUAACGGAAUUCCAGAAGACAAGAUUCAAUUACUGGGAUACGUUACUUCAGCAUUCAAUUCUACUGACAUUAACACUUGGAGUGUGACCAAACAGGAGACCCUGUCAGCAACUCUGCCAAACAGCCCGAAUGAUGGCGUGAGCAAAGCCAUUCUUUCAAGGUACUUAACUGCAUCUGGAGUAAUAGAUACAGCCACGCUGAACAUUAUAGGUGGUAGAGUGUUGUGUCUUCUUAACGAGAGCGAGAUCCAGCCAAUCAGCCCUACUAAUAUCAGUAACGCAAACCCAUUGAAUAUUUCCUCGUGCUCUCAAUCGAAGAUAAACUUAAUUUACAACAAAGCAAAGACCGUAGUCGCAACACAAAAUAGUGAUCAAGCCAUCUACUACACCCAGAUGAGAACAUACCUUGGUGGUGCAACAACAAGUGAUUUGCAGUCUCUGGCAUCGGGCAACAUCAGCAUGGAUCCAUCUGUAAUCCUGGCACUGAAUCCCGAGGAAUUUAAAGAUCUUAGUACAGGAGAUGUGAAAGAUCUGCUUGGAAUUAAUCUUGAAACCAUGAAAACUUAUGAAAAUUCCACGUUGGUUGAAACCUGGAUUUCAAAACACACAAACGUUGAAGUGGCGAGUCUAGGAAUUGGACUGAAAGGAGGAAAUAAAAUCCCGGUCCCUGGUGGCGUAAUCGACAUUCCAGUGAUAGAAUCGGCAUCACCAUCCAUCAACAAGAAUUGCCUAAUGUGUAUAAUUCACACACUCUCUCUCAGUGUGAUAAUCAGUGCAUUGCAAACAUGGUUGUGAGAGAAACCCGGAUGUACUCCAUAUUGCAAAUGUAAAACUAAAGAAUUAUCAGCCGGUGUUAAUACAGUUUAAAUGUGCCAAAUGCUAGCAUUUACUGUAAGAUUUAAUUGUAUACAACGUUCAACCAACAAGAUAAAUACUUUCUAUUAUAAACCUGGCUUUGCACUUUAGAAUUGAUUGUGGCAUGAUUAUUGAAGAUAGAUAAAUUGCCAGGCAAACCGAAUCAUGUCAAAGCCCAUUAAUCAACAAAGAAAAAUAAGAAUCUUUUUAAUCAGAGUUCAGUGAUUUAGAAUGUAAGCUAAUAAAUAUAAAAGUGUAAAUGAUAUGUAAAAUAUAAUUGUGUAAAUAAUGCACAGUUCUGGGACAAAUUUUAUUUUCUGGUUUAAAUUUUUACUUUUGUUCUUUAAAAUUUGGCAUGAAAGCUAAGCUUGAAACAAAUAUAUUUUUCAAUGAAUAUGUAAACAAAUGAUCUUUAACUAGGAUGGGUGUAAUUUCUCAGAAUGGAAAAUGUAACAAUAUUUUAAAUACCAACUCGUAAUUUAUUACACCAAAAUGAGAUAAUGCAUGUUUUUAAAUUAAAUAAAACUUGAAUUCCACAUAACAA